CUUGAAACCAACGAAUUCUCCGACAAUUUUUGAAUUCUCUCCCCUCAAAAUCUCCGAAACUGCAGCUUUGAAUCAGUUUCCAGAGAGCCCUGAAGCCCUUCUUAACCCAGAUCGCAGUUUCAGAAGUCAUUGAUGUCGAACAGCAGCAGCAGCAGCAAUAGUGACAACUCAUUCGAUAUCGAGGAGCUCGUACAGAUUGGGACAAGAUGCAAAGAGCUAAAGAAAGAAAAGGACAUGCUGAAAGAAUCACAAUCCCAAAGCUUCGGGCUAAUCAGGAGUCUUGAUGUACAUAUGAAGUCAUUGUCUGAAUUCCGCACAGAAGACAAGAAACAGAUUCAACUGUUAGAGAAAGAACUCAAAAACUGCACUCAAGAAAUAGAUUACCUUCAAGAUCAACUUAAUGUGAGGGACACUGAAGUGAACCUUCUGGAAGAACGUGUACAUAGCCUUGAGUUGGAAUUGGCAGGCAUGGAGAAUUUAAAGGUGACAGUUGACAGGUUAAGGGAUGAACUGAAGAGGUCCUAUUCAGAGUGCUUGUUCUUGAUGCAAGAAUUAGAAAGCAAAGAAGUAGAGUUACAGAAUUCAAAUUUGUGCAUAGAGAAACUGGAGGAGUCAGUUUCAUCCAUGUCAUUAGAGUCUCAGUGUGAAAUAGAGAGUAUGAAGCUUGAUGUAUUAGCCUUGGAGCAGAAGUGCCUUGAAGCUAAGAAGGUGCAGGAAGAAACUGUUCGAGAAAAAACUAGGAUGAGUGAAUUAAUUCAAGAACUUGAGAUUCAAUGUCAGGAUGCACGAAAAACUACUGAUUACUUAGAUAUGGACAAUAAGGUACUAAGGGAGAAGCUUGAUACCUCAGAGACAAAUACUAGGAUCUUUUGUCAGAGGGUUGAAAGGUGGCUGGAAAACGAUAGAUUUGAAUUCAAGUUAGAGUCAUUGUUAGGUGAGCUAGAGGAAAAGCACAAAUUUUCAACAGAUACGAGCACCUGUGGAGAAGUCUUGGAGUCACUGUUUUCCAAAUUGGCAAUGAUACUGGCACCAGAUACCAAUUUGAUGGUGAAGAUGAAGGAAAUGACACACGAAUAUGAACUUAUUGUGAAGCAACUAAAGGAAGAACUGGCAGAAGAAAAGUUGAAGGCAAAAGAAGAAGCUGAGGAUCUGGCUCAAGAAAUGGCUGAACUCAGAUACCAACUUACAGGCUUGCUUGAAGAAGAGUGUAAGCGUCGUGCUUACAUUGAACAAGCAUCCCUACAAAGAAUUGCUGAGUUAGAAGCACAGGUUCAAAAAGCUCGCACAAAUUCCUCUGCUGCUCUUCUCAGUCUCGAUGAAUUGUAGUGGUGAAUCGUCUACAGUUGCGAGUUUUAAUCAAUAGAGGUUCAUAAGCGCAGGCGUGACAAUUCGAGAUUUGAGUGACUUGGAAAGAUGGCUGGCUUUCAUUCAGCCUGGCAUCUCUUUUGGCUACAAUGAAGAUAUCUUCGGGAUGUGAAACUGACACUGAUGACACUGGCCAGUCUCCCAAUGGAACACAACUUCAGACUAAGAUGCAACCUAUUUUUGUUGAGAAUGUCCAACAUGGUGGAGUGGUGGAUGACAGAUUGGUCAUGAUUAAAUCAAUUCAAAAAGUUGAAUGUGAUGAAUUGCUUUAGUGAGUUCAGUUAUUGGCUUACAAUUCGAAAGAGUACAAUAUGAUUGAUUCACUGGAACCCUAGUAAGUUUAUCCUCAUUGUAUUGUGACAUCUGUGGUAUAUAUUUGAAGUUGAUUUUACAAAUUACAAGUUG